UUCUAUCGGCGUUAUCAACGCCGUCAGCAGAUUAGGGUCGCGCCUUGAGACUUGAGACGUCGCGAGUCCAUCGUGAGCCGUGAGCCGUGACGCGACACGCAACCUCUUCCCUCUUCGAACGUUCGAUAUUCCAACUGUUCUUCAAAGCCUUGUUCGCCGUGGGAGGAUCAAGAUCGGUGAACGUUCCGCGACGAAGAAAGACAGGUUCACCAGCCGCGUCAAUAGUCGCCAAGCGCUACCAGGCGCUACCAGACGCUACCAUCGUUAUCGUGUCACGUCCCUGUCAUCAUCACGAACGAGGAUAGGGACCGAGAUAUUGCGCGCGCGCGCGCGCGAGCGCGCGAGACCUGAGAGGCGUCGAAAAUCGUAAAACGGAGCAAGAACCGAGAGAGAGGGAAAGAUAUAAUAAAUAUUUCAGAAAGUUGCCAUGAAUGCCAUGUUCGGCAACGCCGUGCAAGCGAAGCUGGCGUCGAUGGUGCUGAUCGGCGCGGGCAGCUUCGUCGUCGGCAUCGCGCCCGCUUGCUUCGUCUCGCGAGCUCGCCAUCUCCAGCGGAAGCUGCUGCUCUCCUGCGCCCUGUGCUUCGGCGCCGGGGUCCUCUUAGCCACCGCGACGCUUCACGUCCUGCCGGAAGUGCGCCACGGCCUACCGGAUUACGCCGAGCUAGUAUUUUCCUGUGGCUACCUCCUACUGUAUUUGGUCGAGGAAGGCGUGCACUAUUUCUGCCGAGGCGGUCGUCACGGACCCGAGACGGCCGCGGCCGAGACGGAUUCUCGCUCUUCCAGACUUACAGAUUCCAGGAUUGCGCGCGAGCGAGGUUGUACGAACUGUCGGAAUCACUCCCAUGGUGUCGGUUACAACGCCACCGCGCAAAACAGCAAGGUCUACAUGUCCGAGGGCGACGUGAGGCUACCGCUCAACUAUCGACAAAAUCCUCUUGGUAAUGGUAAUGGCAAUGGUAAUGGUAAUAGCGCUAAUAAUGCGUGGACGUUUAGUAGUUAUGGUACGACGCGAUGCAUCGCGUGUGACUGUCAUUCGAGGUCAUUGAGUGAAGAAAACACAUUUUUGUGUCAUGGAAACCACGGCGAGCAGUGUACCGAUGCCAACACCGGUCUUGCCGGUCUCGCCCUUGCCCUCACUGUACACGCCGUCCUUGAAGGACUCGCGAUAGGAUUGCAGACGAAAAUUGCCGAGGUGUUGUUAUUAACCGGAGCGGUAGCGUCACACAAGUUUGUCGUCGGCUUUUGCUUGGGGCUGGAAUUAGCAGGAGUCAGUAAAUCAGUCCCUAGACUAGUAUUUGCGAUAUUUCUAUUCGCCAUCGGAUCUGUCAUCGGAAUCGGCAUCGGCAUGCUGACAUUUCAGGUGGAUACAGAUUGGUCAAAGGUGGCAUUGCCGAUUUUGCAAGGCCUGGCAGGUGGAACUUUGCUGUACGUUACCGUAAGCGAAGUUCUCCCGAGAGAAAGAACGAGAUGGCACAAAAGUUCGCGCAGAUUUGCAGGCAUUUUACAAUUUCUCGCGGUAGUCGUCGGAUUUGCCGUCAUCUUUCUACUUAACACGUACAUGGGCGAGUGAAUCGAUUGUUAUAUUCCAACGUUAAUUACUUAAGCACUGGAUUGUCAGAUGAAUCGCAAAUACAUACCUACUUCGAAAUCAAGUCACUUCGGGCAUGGUGCUAAGCACACCGCGUGUAUACUCUUACAAAGCUGUGUGAUGUAUGUACACCUGAUUAGGCGCUGCACCGGAACAUUAGAUACGUUGCCAAUCAAGUGUCCGACAUUUCUCUCCGAUUUCUCCGAAUCUGAGAAUACAGAAGCAUUGUAUAGAAUCUUUAUAAUUGCGCCGCAGGUCUUAUUUCUGCAAUCCUGAUAAUUUAAUAUUUUAAUAAUAAUCAAUUUGAUUGAUGUAAACAAUA